UUUUUAUUAAGCUGUGCUGAUGGCAUAAAUGGAACAGUUAACUGGAAGACCAAACAGACCAACAGUUAUAUUAUCAGCAGAAAAAUGGCUGCUGGGAAGAAAGAUGUGUACACCAUUUUCUCCAAGGUCCACUCUGAUCGGAAUGUAUACCCAUCUGCAGGGGUCCUCUUUGUUCACGUUUUGGAAAGAGAAUAUUUUAAGGGGGAAUUUCCACCUUACCCCAAACCUGGCGAGAUUAGUAAUGAUCCCAUAACAUUUAACACAAAUUUAAUGGGUUACCCAGACCGACCUGGAUGGCUUCGAUAUAUCCAGAGGACACCAUACAGUGACGGAGUCCUGUAUGGGUCUCCAACAGCUGAAAAUGUGGGGAAACCAACUAUCAUCGAGAUAACUGCCUACAAUAGGCGCACCUUCGAGACUGCAAGGCAUAAUUUGAUAAUUAAUAUAAUGUCAGCAGAAGACUUCCCGUUGCCAUAUCAAGCAGAGUUCUUCAUUAGAAACAUGAAUGUGGAGGAGAUGCUGGCCAGCGAGGUUCUGGGAGAUUUCCUGGGUGCCGUGAAGAACGUGUGGCAGCCAGAGCGCCUGAACGCCAUCAACAUCACAUCGGCCCUGGACCGGGGUGGCAGGGUGCCCCUGCCCAUCAACGACCUGAAGGAGGGUGUUUAUGUCACCGUUGGUGCCGAUGUCCCAUUUUCUUCUUGUUUACGAGAAGUUGAAAACCCGCAGAACCAAUUGCGAUGCAGUCAGGAAAUGGAGCCUGCAAUAACCUGUGAUAAAAAGUUCCGUGCUCAGUUUUACAUCGACUGGUGCAAAAUUUCAUUGGUGGAUAAAACGAAGCAGGUGUCCACCUAUCAGGAGGUGAUCCGUGGAGAGGGGAUUUUGCCUGAUGGUGGAGAAUACAAACCCCCUUCUGAGUCCUUGAAAAGCAGAGACUAUUACACGGACUUCCUCAUUACCCUGGCUGUGCCCUCGGCAGUGGCCCUGGUCCUUUUCCUAGUUCUUGCUUAUGUCAUGUGCUGCCGACGGGAAGGCGUGGAAAAGAGAAACAUGCAAACACCAGACAUCCAACUGGUCCAUCACAGUGCUAUUCAGAAGUCCACCAAGGAGCUUCGAGACAUGUCCAAGAACAGAGAGAUUGCGUGGCCCCUGUCCACCCUCCCCGUGUUCCACCCUGUGACUGGGGAAAUGGUGCCUCCCCUGCAUACAGACACCUACGAUGGCACCAACAUGCCCCUGAUGCAAACACAGCAGAACUUGCCACAUCAGACUCAGAUCCCCCAACAGCAGACCACAGGAGAUUUUCGUUUGACAACUUUUCAAAGAUUCGAGGUAAAUGGUAUCCCUGAAGAAAGAAAGCUGACCGAGGCCAUGAAUCUGUAGACAGACGCCGUGGUGGUCACUCCUGCUUCCUUCCUCUUACAGUAGUGCAUGAGCUUUCCUGGCAUACAGUGUGCAUGUCGACAGUAUUGAGUAUGUAUCAAAUAAUACCGCAUAACUUUCAUUUUAUUAAUGUAUUUUUUUGUACUUAAAGCAUUUUUGACAAUUUGUAAAACAUCGAUGACUUUAUAUUUGUUACAAUAAAAAAGUGAUCUUUAAAAUAAAUAUUAUUAAUGAA